GCGACCAAAAAUUCGGUGCUAGUGCUCAGGAAUCAGCCAGCCGCACAACUCAACUCCAGUGACGCCAAGCCAAGGAGCGCCUCCGUAACCCUCCUUCUAAACCUUUCCUCCCCUGGAAUUCUAGGGUUUCGUGUUCCAUUUGACGAUUUCCCUUCUUCCACACCCAAACUUCCGCACUUCGAACUCUCCUUCCGACAAUGGCGACGUUCCCCGCUCUCGUCUCUCCCUCCCGGACCACUUGCGCCUCCCUCCGCCGCCAAUUGCAGGUCAUAUGGGAUGAAAUUGGGGAGGAGGAUGGGGAUAAGGACAUGAUGCUUCAGGAACUCGAGCAACAGUGCCUUGAUAUCUACCGUAGAAAGGUUGACUCCAGCAGAAAGCACAAAGCUGAGUUGGCUCAGUCAUUGGCUGACGGGGAAACUGAAAUUGCAGACCUGGUUUCUGCUCUUGGGGAAACUGCCUCAUUUCCUCAGAGGGUAAAAGGCUCUUUGAAGCAGCAAUUAUCCGCCCUCAAACCUGCUUUGCAAGACUUGAGACAGAGGAAACAAGCACGAAUGAUCGAGUUUCAUGAGACUCAGUUACAGAUUGCUCAAAUCUGUGCUGAAAUUGAAGGAAAUGAUAUCAACACUGUCCAUCCAACAAUUGAUGAAUGUGAUUCGACUCUGAAGAGGUUGGGCGAACUGAAGUCACACCUCAAGGAACUUCAAACUGAAAAGGCUCUAAAGUUGAAUACCUCCUUGAAUUGUCAUAUUUUUUGUUCUCGUAGUCUCUCUUCAUGUUCAUUAUCUUUCUGUGUCUGAUUUUCAGAAUCUACAUCUACAUAAAGUUAGCAGCUCUAUCGGCAAAAUUCAUGAGCUGUCAGUUGUAAUGUCAAUUGAUGUCUCCAGUACCGUUGCUGAUAUCCAUCCCAGCUUAAGUGACCGUACUCAGUCAAUGAGCAUAAGCAACGGCACACUAGCUCGAUUAACUAAGGUGAUACAAUCAUUAAGGCAAGAGAAGCUGGACAGGCUACGUAAGGUGAUAUUCUGAUGAACAUGUUCAUUUGGAAGCAGACCUUCGAUCCUGGAGACGCCAUCGGGCAGAGAUACUUGGGCUUAUAAAUAAUCCACCUGCUGAUGCUAGGCUUGCAAACCUAUCGACAACUUAUAUGGAUCCAAAGAUGGUAGUAGACACCACAGUUGGUGAUGUUAAUGCAGAUCAAAUAUAUGAGUACAUUUUAUAAACAGGAGAUAUGCUUGCUCACAUGGUAUUUUGCUGAUCAGAAUUCUUGUCUUCUCUG